UUCCUCUCUUCAUAGAGCAGGAGCUACCCACCAAAAUUUACUUCUGUAUUCCCCUGUUACACCUUCACCAUCUAAACAAGACCUAAAGUCCACUCUGCAAGUCCUCAUUGUGCAAGACAAGAAAAAAGCUAUCACAUGGCUCAAACUACAAGCACAAGGUCAGAUUACCAUUAUAAGCCUAAGGGCCCAACAUCUGCAAGGGGUGCAAUGCCUAAUUACAUGGCCGCAACUAAGUCUGCCAAGUCAAGGAUCCGGUAUCAGAGCACACCAAGACAGAGGCAGUCAACGCCAGAGAGGGAAAGCACGGGAGCAAAAAAGUGCUUAUCGUACCCUUUCCCUGUCCCUGACACCUUCAAUUACAAUUUAGGGAAUGGCUACGGAAGUUACAGAGGCCAGUACUUAAGAAGUACAAGCUUUAACAGCAUUACUAGAGGAGUACAUCUGGUGGGGAUUGAACAACAAUUCCACCAUUCAUCAUGCUACACAGAGUCUUCCAGGAAAGCUUUCUCCAUCUUCAACCAGUGGCCUUGCGAGACCAUGGUUGAGGUGAUUAUGCCGUAAUAGAUCAUACACCAAUCAUUUUUGCAACUUCGUAGAUUUCUUCUUCAUUUUUUUAGGACUUAUAAUUCAAAAUUCUUAUCUUA